CACCGUGUUCGGGCAGCAUUAGCGUUGAUAUUUCCCGAAGUACGGGUCAUCUUUUCCAUCGUCGUACUGGCUGAUGUGUGAUGUGAAUUGUGCUACACCAAAUUGGCAAAAAUUGCGUGUCCCAAAAUGUGCUGUGCGUUUUAGCAAGUGCAGAGUGCAUCGUUUAUCGUAUAUCUGGUGGUGCGCGAUUGGCAUUGAAAAGCAGUGGCAGUGCGCGCGUGGAGCACCAUCGUGUCAUAACUUUUGUUGAUGAAGAACCAACUCGGUCGACACCAGCAGCGAGAGAAAAGAUCAAAAUAAGUGCGUAAUAUUUUCUUCAUUUGGUUCGUUUGGUUGUUUCUCCUUCUGGAGGAAUGCAAUUUGUCGAGCAAUCAGUCAACACUUUUUGGGUGACAUUGCAUUAUUCAGCAAAUCGAGUCGUGUUUUUUUGUCUUCUGGUGAAGUGAUGGAGGAAGCUACUGGUGUGAAGAAAGGUGGCUCCUGCCGAAGUGCGACCCUGACGUGCUAGCGAAGUUGGUGUAGUGUUGGUAGUGUGAAAAAAGUGCAAGUACGAGAUGCAGCAGUGUAUGUGUGUGUGUGGAAGGGGGGGGGGGGGACUAUGUCUGUUGAAUUGGCCCCAAUCACCUUUCCAAUCCACAAUGUUUGUGUCCCCACGCAGGCUACCACAGGCCGACGGAGGGGGGGAUAGCUGGUGGACGUUUGUCUGCCAGGUGAAAGGCGAAAACUCACAGCAGCAGCGAAAUAUUUCGUGUUACACGGAGCAUUGUGUGGAACGAAAAGAAGAAUCUCCGUUGCUGACCAUAGAAAAGCGCGGCACAGGUGUAGCUGUAGUCCGGUCGUGAAACAUGGGUCCAAAAUAGAAGGAAUGCGAAAAAUGCAGCACAUUCCAGCGCCGCCCGAAAGAGGCUGAAUGUUUGAUCCCAAAUCCAAGGGCUACCGAUUUAGCAUAGCCUGCUUUAAUAAUGCUCCGUUUCUUCCCAGCAGGCUGCUUCAAGGACCAUUUGCAGUAACCAUGGAACCACAGUUUACAGCGGCCAUGAAGAGAGUGAAUACAAAACAGGCCAUUGUUCACCUUCCCGGAUGCAAAACGGUCCCUCUGUCCAAAUCCUCACAGCGAUUCAGCAAAAGAAUCAGCACAAAGGUGGAGAGAAUCCAGUGGCACAAUGGAACAGAAACAAAAACAACCAAACCUUCCCAGCAUUGCGGAUACCAACCGAGAAGGGGGGAAGAAAGGUGCACGCGGUCCAAAAUUUGGACAUCAGUUUGCUAUGCUUCUGCCCUUCCCAAAGAGGAGUAGGCCUCCGGGUGAAGCAGCACGCGUUGCUCUGUUUGUGCUACCCCCUGGCUGUGGACAUAUGAAGGGCGCGCGAAUGUUUCUCCCCAGUGCAACAGGAAGCUCACGGUGUCUCGGGAGAGGAUCCACGUGGAAAGGCAAGGGACGCUGACAAGCAGAAAGAUUCGGACAGCAUGAAAGCAAGCCAGCACACAGUCGGGGAGAGAAAGAAGGCGAUGAGCAGCAGGGGAACUGGGAGAACGGAACGGUAUUUGUUUUCGUGGCAAUGCGCAAACGCAGCACUCUACACAACAGAGGCGCCCGCCAGGGGAAAUCUGUAUGUGGGCCGUGUGUUUGUGUGUUAUGUUGUUCUUUUUGUUUUCUUUUGCUCUCCACCCCGUCCCAACAACACACCAUGCUGGCUUUCACCUUCUUGCCACUGUCUACCCCUUUUUUUGAUGAUGGUUUUCUGCUUGUCCCCACUGGGGAAGCGUUGAGGCGGAUGCGGGCGCUCCGGAUGAAAAUUGUCCCAUUUUUAUGUCGCGAUGUGGUAUGAUUAGGAGGCGCUUUCUGCUGAUCUCUUCACUCACUGAAAAUCACUGAAGGAAUUCGCAUGCAGAUUGAUUUUUAGCAUUAUUUGUAUUUUGAAGACAUUUUGCAGGCAGAUCAAGAACAUUACAAUUCAAUGACAAAAUGAGUUCCAACAAUUUAAAAAUAUUGUAUUAAUACCUUGUGAAGCAGGUUGAUAUUUCAACGCAAAUUAAUCUCCGUCCUCUCUGUACACGACAGCAAAAUUUUGCCACUCCAUCAGCAUAUUCGCCCAACAGUCGAACCCUCAUUAAGUUGAUUACAAAAUAAUGCGUCCGUGCACCUCUCCACGUCACACACACCUUUUUCCGCGCUUUCUUGCAACGAAUUGCGUCAGUCGAACAUCGAAAAGAACCGAAACUGCAUCUUAUCUUUCGACCAAAACCAAAAACCCAUCAGUUGCUACCGACCGACCGACCGACCCUGAGAAAUCUAUGACGAUAAAGCGCCGGCCCGCCCGCCAGCUGCAUGGAAUGACCACGAAUCAAACAGUUCGUUCGUCGGAGGAGAAGAAGCAUUAUCAACCUAUCAAACCUGCUGGUGUACAACACCGCACGGAAACACACCAGUGGAGUGGUGAGGAAGCAUCGAGUCAGUAAUGCGCUGUUAAAUUAACACCAUUGAACAGGAAGAUGUAAAGCUAAAGAUACCGAAGAAGAGUAAUGCUCUAUUUUGAAUUGAAAAUUUGCCCUCGCUACCACAGUUCCCAUUUGGGUGAGUUGGAAUUUGGGAAUUGCUUCUUCUACAUCAUACAAAAAAGUGGAGAAAUUGCGUGUCUUUGCAACCGAGCUAAUUUUACACAUUUUCUUCCCUAAUCCCCAGCAGUUCAAAGCCACCACAACGCGUCCAGUUAAGAAGUGCACAAAAUAGCACAUCUCUGUUAUCAUUCUCCUACGUAGCGGCGAAACGUGCUCAUCUGUCUUCAAAAUACACCUGGAAAUCCGUCACUAGCCACCGCCACCGCAUGGAAGUACAUAGAACGCGAACGCAUGGGAAGCAUCGCAUAUAAAUAAACAAAAAAUCCACCCACGGUGUUGGUAGCGCAUCACUCCCAAGGGACAAGGGCUCAAGUUUGCCGGGGAUCGCGCAAAUCCAUCCACACACAACAACACGACGAUCGACGGCGCGUGACGCGCGUAUAGGCUGCUCACGUCGGCCACCACCACAAACGUACACGCAAACGCGCAGCCACACGUACACAGCGCAACAGUAGGAACCGGACCACGAAAACCGCCACGACGGUCGGUCCAACACGCGCGCGCACACACACGAACACGGGGCGAUGGAAAACGGCUCGACGGCCGCGCGCGGCUCAUCAGUACGCUCCGUGUGGUCGUCGUCUGUGGUGCGCGCCGUGAUCGUGUGUCCGUCCCGGGUGGUUUCGUGUAAGCUUCUCCGCUUUUCGCUUUUGCUGCGCCACGAGAAAGGCGCAGAACGUGACCGCUACUGUCCCCGUCGCGCCCCUGUGUGUGUGUGUGUUUGUGUGUGAUUGGGUCCUUAAAAAUAGUACCCCGUAAACCCUCCGACCAGGGAGCGCUAGGGAAGAUUUGGUCAGUGCGCCGUUAGUCACUGCUUCUACAAAAAGCCAAAAAAAAAACGGAGCAGCACAGACCCAAGUCUCCCUUCUAAUACUAAUCAAUGCUUAAUGCGUGAUGGAAAGAGAGCGAAAAGAAAGUGCGUGGGUGAACACAUCACAUUGACGUAUGUGUGUGUGUAUGUGUGUGUGGAACAGCUGCUUCGCGUAACCAUUUCCUUUCCUUUUUCUGCUCAUAAAACCCAGGCCAUAGUCCAUAUACUGGGUGUUUUUUCGGGGGAUGAUUGGCGCGAUAAAUUAAUCCACGCAGCUGAUAAUCUUUGGUGUGUGUGUGUGUGUGUGUGUGUGUGUGUGUGUGUGUGUGUGUGUGUGUAUGUGAGUGAACGUGUGUGUGUGUUUAUGUACAUCGUUCACACCUUCUUCUAAUCGUUAUCAGUUUUCUGCUACAUUUGCUGCUACCGGAAAGAAAAGGAGCAGGGAGAAAUGAUGAUUACAGCACAUUACACCCUUUUUCCACGAGGAAGCCUCCCCGUUUCGGUGGAGUUUUUCCAACACAACAGCUGAAUUGUGAAUUAUUGAGAGCAAUCUACUCGACGUGUGUGUGUGUGCGUUUGUGGUGGUGGUGUUUGCGUGAAAAUGGCCAGGUGUAGCGUGUUUUAUCAGACCGGAAUACCAUCCGAACACGCCACAGAACCGGAGAGUGGGGAAGCAGCCGGAAUGUAGCCAUGGCUGGAGAAUAUGCCAACACUACCAUCAUCAGAAUGGAAACCACCCUCGGACUCUACUGCUCCAAAUGGCGGAGAAAUUAAUUAGCAAACGCUACAGCUCCUCCUAAGGCUGCACGUGGAUACACCAACAUCUCCUAUCGUACACCGUUGUCUACCUUUGGCUCUAUUAAAUUGAAUUGAAACUCUUAAAACGCGCCUCGAAUGCCACGUCAUCUUCGACAACAACAAUUGAGCAACCUCAAUUUAGGGCGUCUGAUGUCCCAAUUUAAACCCGGAUCUGACGCCGUGUUAAAGUUCGCCCAGCAACAGUGUAACACACACGGUCGGGCGCAUGAAUGACGAAUAAGUUUUAAGCACGUUUUGAACUCCCACGAACCCCACGGACAGAAAGAGUGUGUAACUUAAAAAAGAAACCGCUUUAGUGCAAAUUUUUAGAUAGAAAAUAAAUCUAGUGUAUAGUAAUAGUAGUAGUAGGGCAAAAGCGCGCUCGUUCGUGUCCCCAUUUCAAAAUAGUUAAAAUAGAGUGCGCAAAAAAACGAAAAACACAGCCAAAAGCAUGGAGGCAAGACCGGUGCAGGUCGUGGAGACGAGCGAAGAUCACAGCUUUCUGCUGAACGAGGAGGCACUGUCGGAAAUUCUGCUGCAGGACAGCAUCAAAGACCGGGCGAUCGUGGUCGUCUCGGUGGCCGGUGCCUUCCGGAAGGGCAAAAGCUUCCUGCUGGACUUUUUCCUCCGCUACAUGUACGCCAAGUAUGUGCAUCAUCAGAGCGUGCUGGAGUGGCUGGGCGAUGAGAGUGAACCACUGUCCGGGUUUUCGUGGCGCGGUGGCAGCGAGCGUGACACAACGGGCAUCCUGAUGUGGUCCGACAUUUUCCUCCACGACAGAGCCAAUGGCGAGAAGCUGGCAAUUAUACUGAUGGACACACAAGGCGCCUUUGACAGCCAGAGUACCGUGCGGGACUGUGCAACCGUGUUCGCCCUCAGCACCAUGCUAUCCUCCGUGCAGAUUUACAACCUCUCACAGAACAUACAGGAAGAUGAUCUGCAACAUCUACAGCUCUUCACAGAGUACGGUCGGCUCGCGUUGGCCGACUCGGGCAAGAAGCCGUUCCAGCGGCUACAGUUUCUCGUGCGCGACUGGAGCUUCCCGUACGAGGCCGAGUACGGUGCGCUCGGCGGUCAGCUGAUCCUGCAGCGACGGCUGGAGGUGUCGGACAAGCAGCACCCGGAGCUGCAAUCGCUGCGGCGCCACAUCACGUCCUGCUUCUCCGAGAUCGCCUGCUUCCUGAUGCCCCACCCGGGCCUGACGGUCGCCACCAAUCCGAGCUUCGACGGCCGCCUGUCCGACAUUACGCCCGAGUUUAAGAAGAGCCUGCGCGAGCUGGUCCCGAUGCUGCUGGCGCCGGAAAAUCUGAUCGUGAAGGAAAUCAACGGCCAGCGGGUGAAGGCCCGGGAUCUGGUGCAGUACUUCAAAUCGUACAUGGCCAUCUACAAGGGCAACGAGCUGCCGGAGCCGAAAAGCAUGCUGGUGGCGACGGCGGAAGCGAACAACCUGACGGCGGUCGCCGCAGCGAAGGAAAUCUACACGCAGCUGAUGGAGGAUGUGUGCGGGGGCACCAAACCGUACCUCAGCACGGCCCACCUGGACUCGGAGCACAGCCGCAUCAAGGAGAAGGCGUUGCAUCAGUUUUCGUCCAAGCGAAAAAUGGGCGGCGAAGAGUUUUCGGAAAAGUAUCGGGAAAAGUUGGAACAGGAUCUGGACGAAACGUUCGUCACGUUCCGGGCGCACAACGAGAGCAAGAACAUCUUCAAGGCCGCCCGCACGCCCGCCGUCUACUUCGUGAUCGCGAUGGUAAUGUACAUCAUGAGCGGCAUCUUCGGGCUGGUCGGGCUGUACACGUUUGCCAACUUUGCCAACCUGAUCAUGGGCGUUGCGCUGAUCACGCUAGGCACGUGGGCCUACAUCAGGUAUAGCGGCGAGCUGAGCGACUUUGGCGUACGGUUAGACGAGAUCGCGAACCUGCUGUGGGAAAAUAUGAUGAAACCAAUCUACCAGUCAUGCAUGGAGAAGGGCAUCCAGCACGUGGCGACGCACGCGACCGAGUACGCGAUCAGCGGCGGCAAUGCGGGCGGCGGCCGUCAGCUGAACGGCAAGGUGAAGCACUCUUGAGAGUACGCUUCCAGCCGAUGGCAGGUAGCGACGACGACGCCGCCGCCGCCACCAUCACCGCCAACCAACAGCAGCAGCAGCUGGUACGGCAGCUGGCCCUGGCGAUGGUCCUGGCGGUAUCGUGAGGUGGAGACGCCCGAUGCUGCUGCUGCUGCUAUAGAACCGACGAACAACAACGCACCCGAUCGGACGUCCGCGUACUGUGUGGCGUCAUCUACCGCGGGUGACCGUAAAGCAACGAUCCUGCUCCACCGAGGAACCAACUUCAGCAAUAGCAACGGCAACAAAAAUACCAACACCACCAACAAUAGCCUGAAUAGCAGCAGAAGCCAUAGCAGCAGCUUGUUGGGCAGCGACAGCGACAGCAGUAGUGAUAGUGGCAAUGGACCCGCCGUCCCCAGCGACGGCGGCACUAGGUUUAGUAAAUUUAUCAGUAGCAUUAAGUACGCCUUUGGUAGCAACGCUGCUGGUGGUGGGUGCGGUACGCAACAGGACGCCAGGAUCAACGAGCUGCUGAGAGCUGGCGAUAUUCACGAAAGAAGCAGCAGCAGCAGCAGAAACAGCAGCACGAGACCACUGGUGAUCAAAUCGACGUCCGUCUUCAAGCGAGCGACCGGCGUUGGUGGCUGCUCGAACGAACAAUUCACCGAUUGCACCAAGCGGGGACGCCACAAAGUACCGACGGCGGGGGUCACAGCACCACCCACGGCAAAUGGAAUACGCAACAACAACAACAACAGCCGGCGCACAUAAGAAAAAGGUUUUGGAAGGGUCGCGCGCCUCGCGUUCUCUUUUGCUCUGAAGUGUUGUCCCUCAGAUCCCUAUCAAACCUUCCCUUUUGAGUAAACGAAAAACGAACACAUGAACACUCUAGCGAGAAAAAAAAAGAAUUUUGCUCAGCUUCUAAACCCUCUCCCUCCCCUCCUUUGCCCCGUGUUAGACACACCCACUUUAUAUUACUUGUUGUAGAUCGGAUCGCGGAGUGGGGCCGUUUCUGUCCUCCGUCGUUCGAUCAUGCAUCUUGGCGCGGCGUUUUUGUUUACGGUUACGUUACUUUGUUGAACUCUUUACAUUUGUUAAAUAUGCGCUAUUUGUUUUAUACACACACGCCCACACACACACGCGCGCGCGCGCGCUCUAUUUACAUACUGCAUUUUUGUGGAGCCCCAGCACAGCAGCGUCGUGAAAGCGGAAUUAAUGUGCAGUCAGGAGAGCGCAGCUUAGAACGAUUGAGAUAUAGUGUUAUUGUGCCAAACGUUGUGGAAAUAUUACGGUGUUACACGGUUACUAAAAACAUGUGAAAUGAAUUAGAACAGAGCGGUUUGUUUACACACAAAAAAGCUCUCCUUUUUGGCGGGCGUUUGUCUUUUGGUCAAAUCAAAACCACACAAACACACACACAGCAUCGUACGCUCAAAAAUUUUGGAUAAAGCCAGAAAGUGAAGCAAACGCCCCGCAUGCAGUCCUUUGGCGAGCGCCCUUUGCAUUGCAAAUUCUCUUCUGCGCAUAUAGCAUUAUAGUGUAUUCUUUUAAAUAACUCUUGCCAACAACAACCACAUACACACAUACACGGUACACGGAACACGAAACAUGAAUAACAAUCGAGGCAAAACAAAGCAUCGAGCUUUUUCGAACUAUUAUGAAACACAAAAAUCCACAAUUACGUACCGGCGGUGAGGAAAAAAAACACAAACACACACAACUGCAUAGCAGCAUCGUCAGUGUGUAUGUGUGUAUCGAAACACAAAGGAAAGGAAGAUGCAGAACGGAUUUACCCGCAAAGAUCACAAUCAUCAGCGGGCGCUCGCGCCAUCGCCAUUUACGAAAUGUGUUUUUUUGUUUGUUUUUUUGAUUUUGAUAAGAAUUUAUAUACGUUUGUUUUGUUAUAUUAUGCGUAAUAUUUGUUUUGUUAGUAGAACGGAUACCGGAAAGCGAGGUGCAAAGCAAUGUAAAAGCAGUUUAAAAACAAAUUCUCUUGUACAUAUAUAUAAAACCAUAAACCUAGUGUACUGGGCCGACCCGCCUCUGUUGCUCUGUUUGUGUGUGUCAAUCGUCGAUCGUCGGCAACGUGUAAAAGUCGAAGAAAGAAACAAACAAUAACCCCCCUUUUUUUCUUUUCCAGUACUUUACUAGUACUACUGUACAAAAAAGCUGUUAUUGGUUUUGGUUUUCGUUUUCUAAAUAUUACCCUUUUAAACCCACAUUCAAACAACAACAACAACACCAACGGUUUCGAAUUGGUCUGAUUAAUGCGCUUUUUGCUGUAAUUGUGUCAAGGUGAAAAAAAAAUGUGAAAUUUCAGUUUUUUUUCUGCGAACACAACACUAUCCUAUUUAUGCCACUCUCUCUCUCUAAAGCUAGCAGUUCAGCAGUAUAGUUUAGUUAGCUAGGACACACAGUGCAACAGCAACAAAGAAAAAGGGAAGAAUGUAAGCUGAGGUGAAUUUUAUUUCGAUUGCGACACGGUAUAUUGUGACUGAAAAUUUUUCGUGCUCUCACUCGCAAAAAUAUCAUUUGGUUGUUUAAAUAAAGAUUUACCACCUUUUAUCGAUUGUCAAAAACGAAA